UCUCUUUCUCUUCUCUUUUUCUAAACUUUCUUCAAACCAAAUUGUGUUUGAUCAAAGUCAAAACACACCCAUCAUCACAAUUCAGAAAACCCUUUUCUCUUCUCUCUCUCUCUCUCUCUCUCUCUCUCUCUCAAGUGUUUCUUGGAAGAGAAAGGAAAAAGUACAAGUUUCGUAGUCACGCGGUAUUGUUGUUAUUACCUCGCAACAUUACGUAGACAUAUUCAACGAACUGUUAAAAUCUACAUAGAUUUUUUCAAGAUAAAGAAAACCAGAAGAAGAAGCAAUAGUGUGGAAUUUUCGAUGACCCCAUGAGAUAAAAAUUCAAUUUUUAAUCGUGGGUAAUUCGUUUUGAUUCUAUAUUUAGAUCCAGCUGUUGAAGGAUUGAUUUGGGGUUGUGAAUUUUUUGUUGCUGUUGAGAUUGAAAAUGAAGUCAGGGUCACUGGAUCAGUGGAGGAACUACUUUAGGUCGUCAAAUUCGGAUAUUUUCGACAUAAUUGACUAUGCAAUUGUGGUUGCUGCUUCUGAUUGUCCAAAGGAGUUUAAGUUGAGGAGAGAUAAGAUUGCUGAGAGGUUGUUCUCUUGUAAGUUGACUCGUUGUUUGGGGUGUGAUAAGGUUGAAUUGGCUGUGAAUGGGGAUGAUGAUCAUGAAGGUUGCAAGAGUGAUGGUGUUGAGUUUGGAGCUGGUGGAAGCAAAGAGAGUAAGGUGAAUGAUCAUGGAUUGAUGAUGGAUGGUAACCUUGUUAGCAAUUAUAGCUUUGGUGAAGCUGAGGCUUUGACUGAUGAGAUUGAAGAAGAAUCUCAGUUUGUUGGUGAGGUUUUGAGGAUUAGAGACAUUCUCAAUAACCGUGAUGAAGAGUCUGACUCUGUGCUGUUUGAGUCAUUGAGGAGGCUUGAGCUGAUGGAACUCUCUGUGGAUCUUCUGAAGGCAACUGAGAUUGGAAAGGUUGUCAAUCCUCUCCGAAAGCAUGGAUCAAAGGAAGUACGUCAACUCGCACGGACUCUUAUCGAUGGCUGGAAAGAAAUGGUGGAUGCGUGGGUGAAGGUGACAACAACCACCGCUAUCACAGGCUCAGAAGGUGGCACGCCAGAUUCAGUGAAUCCGUCUGUUGUCGACGAUGAAGAGUUGGAAGAAGGACUUCCAUCACCUCCUUUGGAUGAAGGUGCUUUCUUUGUCGCUCCCACUGGCACGAUUGAACUCUCACAGUUCUUCGAUGGCAUGGAUGAUGAUGGAAAUCCUCGACAGAGUGUGCAAUUCAAUAAGAACCGUGACAACGGCAGAAAGCCAACCUCGGGAAAUCAAGUUACCGACAAGAGGAAAUUGCAGGCUUCCAAUGAAACAACCCUUGCUGGCAACGACAAUAAGAGUCAGCAAAUGAAGAAAAAUGAGGCCGCUGUGAGGCUGUAUAAGCCGGUAGCUGCUGAUUCUGGUCUUCGUAGACCACCAAGUUCAAAUGAUCAGCGAAAAACCAAUAUGGAGCUGAAGAUGCAGCAAAAAGUAGAAAAUGGAACCCUCACUAAGAGGCCUCUCGUUACUCAUCAAGAGAAACCCAAGUGUUCGGAUGACGCCGCUAAGCUCGAAGCCACUAAGCGGAAACUUCAAGAGCGCUAUCAACAAGCUGAAAAUGCUAAGAGGCAAAGGACAAUUCAAGUUAUGGAAUUGAACGAUCUUCCAAAGCAAGGGGGCGGCCUACGAAAUUCACAUUUCAAACCGGGAAAUCACAAUAGGCAAUGGGGUCAAGGGCGUAGAUAGACCUCCUAUCUUCGAGAGGACGGAGAAAGAUGAGCGAAAGGUUAUUUUGCCGGCUAUUUAAUGGAUUGAAGUUUGAUCCCCUCUCCUUGAAUAUAGAAAAAAUAACAGAUACAUUCAACAUUUUUACAUCAAUAGAGUUAUUUUGAUUUUUAGAGGGAAGUAAACUUUGAAACAUCGAUUAUUUCCCGAGUUAUAUAUCGUCGAGUACAUAGGAAUUUUGUUUUUCCAAUAUUUGGUCUUGGAAAAAGGAUCCUAACUUGGCAUUCCUUUGCUUACUUGGUCGUUCCAUACUUAUAUUGUCUAUAGAAAUCUCGAUUGUUUCUUGACAAUUUACAUUGGUCACAUAUUUUACUUACAUUAGGGUCAUAUAGCAUAUAGUAUGUGCAAAUUUGAUUAUGUAAGCAGGUUUAUAUGAAUACUCUUUUGUAGACUUUUUACUUUUGGAAUACAAUGUUUCCAAAAAUUCAAUAGUUCA